UGGCGGCGACAUUCAGAGAGGAGAUGGCGGCCAGAGGGGGGUUUCAGUCAGCACCUAGUGGCGGCGGUGGAGGAGCUAUGGGACCUGGACCACCGGUACCGGGCGCAGGACCAGGCAUGGGACCCGGGACUCCUACGGGGAGAAUGAUACCUUCGUCUGCCGCGCAGAACCACAUGUACCGCUCCCCGAUGCCCGGGCCCGGGUACCCGAGACCAGGCAUGCCUCCAUCCAGCCGCAUGACGCCACAGGGACCCAACAUGGGCCCCCCGGGAUACGGCAACAGCCCAGUGUCUCGCCCCGUGAUGCCCGGCGUGAUGGACCCGUCUCGCAAGAGGCCCGCCCCCCAACAGAUCCAACAGGUUCAGCAGCAGAACCGCAACCAGCACACAAAGAAGAAGAAGAUGGCUGAUAAAAUUCUACCUCAGAGGAUCAGGGAACUGGUCCCAGAGUCUCAGGCUUACAUGGAUCUGCUAGCUUUUGAGAGGAAGCUGGAUCAGACCAUCAUGCGCAAGAGGCUGGACAUUCAGGAGGCCCUCAAGAGGCCCAUUAAGCAAAAGCGAAAGCUUCGGAUCUUCAUAUCAAACACCUUCAACCCUGCGAAGCCCGAUGCGGAGGAUGGAGAGGGCACAGUGGCAUCAUGGGAGCUACGUGUUGAGGGCCGUCUGCUAGAAGAUACGGCUGUCUCCAAAUAUGAAGCCACCAAACAGAAGCGGAAGUUCUCCUCUUUCUUCAAGUCUCUGGUGAUCGAGUUGGACAAGGACUUGUACGGCCCCGAUAAUCACCUUGUGGAGUGGCACAGGACUCCCACCACCCAGGAGACCGAUGGGUUCCAGGUGAAGAGGCCCGGCGACGUGGGGGUCCGCUGCACCGUGCUGCUCAUGCUCGACUACCAGCCCCCUCAGUUCAAGCUGGACCCCCGGCUGGCUCGUAUGCUGGGGAUUCACACCCAGACCAGGCCCGUCAUCAUCCAGGCUCUGUGGCAGUACGUCAAGACCCACAAGCUCCAGGACCCCCACGAGCGCGAGUUCAUCAACUGUGACAAAUACCUGCAGCAGAUCUUUGAGACUCAGCGAAUGAAGUUCUCCGAGAUCCCGCAGCGCUUACACGCUCUCCUGAUGCCCCCAGAGCCCAUCAUCAUCAACCAUGUGAUCAGUGUUGACCCCAAUGACCAAAAGAAGACUGCUUGCUAUGAUAUUGAUGUGGAGGUGGACGACACGCUGAAGACCCAGAUGAACUCCUUCCUGCUCUCCACAGCCAGUCAGCAGGAAAUAGCAGGACUGGACAACAAGAUCCACGAAACCAUUGAGACCAUCAACCAGCUGAAGACCCAGAGAGAGUUCAUGCUGAAUUUUGCCAGGGAUCCUCAGGGCUUCAUCAACGACUGGCUGCAGUCGCAGUGCAGAGACCUCAAGACCAUGACGGAUGUGGUAGGAAACCCAGAAGAGGAGCGCAGAGCAGAGUUUUACUACCAGCCGUGGGCCCAGGAGGCCGUCUGUCGCUACUUCUACUCCAAGGUGCAGCAGAGGCGACAGGAGCUGGAGACGGCGCUCGGCAUCAGGAACACCUGAAGCCAUCACCGUUAAAUAGGAUGUUCUCCUUCUUUUGUUCACCCUGCAGCUCGAUUUGCUUCUUUCACGUUUCCACCCCGGAGCUGUAAUGUAUUUCUGCUCGCAUGUCCAAGCCUUACCUGAAGCAUUCCUCUCAUUUUGAUACGGCGUGACCACACAGAAGAACAUUGUUCACAAAGCAGAGGGCAACUUUUAAUGCAUUCUGUCCCCAGAAGCUAAAAAUAUCUUCCAUCAGCAGGAAUGUGUUGAUUCUGCCUUUUGACUCUUUGUUCCCCUUUGUGUAAAGUAAAUUUACAUUUGACUCUGCCGGCUCGGCCUCCGCCGGAUACUGUCCCAUUCAGUUAAAUAUUGAUUGUGUUUGUAAUCAAUGGCCUCUUUUAUUGGCUGUUUGUGUGUCACUUUGUCUUAAGCUUGGUUUGGGGGGGGAGAACAAGCUCAAUCAUGGCAAGAUACUGGUCCUUUCUGUUGAGGGUGCCAUUUAGUAUGAAGUUUUCUUUUUUUCCUUUUUGUUGUGAUCAAUGAAUCUUGUUUUAAAUUCUGUAUUAUAUCAGUACUGUUACCUAGUACAGAUUACUAAGGAAGUAGCUAGUACGAGUACCUCUAGUCUGUAGUUUUGUAAAUACUGAGCAGAAAAAAAACUGAAGAUGGAUGUGAAGUGAAAUUGUAUCUUAUCCUGGCAGAUGUUUUUUCUCAACUUUUUGUCGACGCUCAGAUAGUUGAAGCAGUAUUUAUAUUAUUGAUCAGCGUGAAGAUGCUCAAGGAACAGCUGGAUGUUCUGCUCAUAGUUGUGUAUUUUUGAGGCUGUGCAGAGAAACGCACAUGAACGCAUUUGACACCAUGUGGAGACGAGUGAGCGACCCAAAGUAACCGUGCAUCUAGUUAACCAAUUCCAACAAUACACUAACGUGGGUUUGUGCAGGUACGGGGGGGGGGGGGGGGGCG